AUGAGCGAAUCUGACACUGAUGAAUAUCAAGUCAGCGAUGAUGCGCCCGUUUCCGAUCCAACGGAUGACACCGAUGAAUACGUUCCAUCAGAUGCCUCAUUAAGGAGGACAUCAAAACGAAAUUAUCCAUACCGGAGAACACGGAGCGAUGACGAUUUUGUGGUCUCUGGAUCAGAAAGUGAAUACGAACCGUCACGGAAGAAACUGCGGAAAUCAAGAAAUAAAAAAACGAAGAGGAAAAAGAGACGAGGAAGAUGGGCUCUUUCGGACGACGAUUCAACUUCUGAGCCAAGCGAUACUUAUGAAAGUGAGGAAAGUGACUCAAGCAGCAGUAAGCGUAAAAGGCGGCGGGUCGCUACCAAGUGGACUCCACGAGCGAGCAGUUCAGAAUCUGACGAUUCCGAGCAUUCAAUGCAGAGAACUGCUGCUGGAAGGUAG